AAAAAAAAAAAAAAAAGGAAAAAAAAAGACGAAAGGUUCUUUCACUUUUGGGCAUAUGCCUUAACAAUAGCAUUCGAAUUGGGCAUCCCUCGUACAAUCACGCAAAUGCAACCACAAUCCAAAGGGUAGUAAUUUAGGGUUAGUGAACAAAUGGAGUCAUUACAAAGGAGAGUAGAAUCAUGUAUCAGAGGUCAAAGAUUGAGAAUCACAUGGCCACAGCAAUGGAAGAUGGUUGUACGUUGGCCUUGGGCUGAUGCGAGAGAGCAAAGGAAACUUAUUCAGGAAGAAUAUAUGAGAAGGAAGAAGCAACUUCAGGAUCUAUGUAAUGCUGUUAAGGCUGAAUCUGUUAAUGAUUUGCAGGAUAUACUUUGUUGCAUGGUGCUUUCUGAAUGUGUUUAUAAGAGACCUGCAGCUGAAAUGGUGCGGGCAGUGAAUAAAUUUAAGGCCGACUUCGGAGGAGAAGUUGUUUCCUUAGAGUGCGUUCAACCUUCUUCAGAUCAUGUUCCACACAGGUAUCUUUUGGCGGAAGCAGGAGAUACACUAUUUGCUUCCUUUAUUGGGACCAAGCAAUAUAAGGAUGUCAUGGCUGAUGUGAAUAUAUUUCAAGGUGCCUUAUUCCAUGAGGAUGCUGUUGAAGAUAUUCAUGGUCUUGAACCUAUAGAGUCUGGUCAGGUGGACGCUCAGAGGAACAAUAUAGAGAGCCACUCUAAACUUUUGGAAUCUAAGACUAGUUCAACGAAUCUGACUCAAAAACCUGCUGCUCACAGGGGUUUCAUGGCACGUGCUAAAGGCAUACCUGCAUUGGAGCUGUACAGGCUUGCCCAGAAAAAGAAACGCAAACUAGUGUUAUGUGGGCAUUCACUUGGUGGAGCAGUAGCAGUCUUAGCAACCCUCGCGAUUCUGAGGGUUGUUGCUGCUUCAUCAAAAGAUAAUGAAAAAGUUCAGGUGAAAUGUAUCACCUUUUCCCAACCACCAGUGGGAAAUGCUGCAUUGAGAGACUAUGUGAAUGGGAAAGGUUGGCAGCAUCAUUUCAAAACCUACUGUAUUCCAGAAGAUUUGGUGCCCCGCAUCUUAUCUCCUGCUUAUUUUCAUCAUUAUAAUGCACGGUCUCUGCCAAUACCUUCUGAUGGUGGAGCUUCAGUAUCUGCGUCAAAAUCUAGUGAAUUGUCAUUACUGAAGCAGAAAACUGAAAAUGCAAGAAAUAAUGAAGGAGAGCAGCUGGUGUUGGGUGUAGGUCCAGUGCAGAAUUCCUUUUGGAGGCUUUCGAGGCUUGUGCCUUUAGAAGGUGUUAGGAAGCAGUUGUAUAGAUACAGAGGAAAGAAAGUUGAACCUCUUGGGACAUCUAAUGAUUCUGUUUCAGUGCCAUCAGUCAAUGAUAUAAGUAAUACCCCUCAGUCUCUUGAAAUUCAAGAAGGUUCUGAUGGCAUUUCUCUCCGACCAUUGCCUACGGAUGAAGAGAUUCUUGGUGAUGGUAAACUGGGUAAAUCUGUAGCAGAAAGUAAUUCCAAAAAUGGGGACAAGAAGGGGUGGCGCCGCAUGCCUUACUUACCGUUGUAUGUACCAUUUGGACAGCUUUAUCUCCUGGAGGAUUCAUCUGUGGAGUUUCUAUCUGGGGCAGAAUACUCAAAAUUGACAUCGGUUAGAUCUGUACUUGCCGAAGUAAAGGAAAGGUUUCAGUCUCAUUCGAUGAAGUCAUACAGGUCUCGAUUUCAGAGAAUCUAUGAACUUUGCACGAGCGAUGACAUAAUACCUUUCCUGGGGAUUGAACAAAUGCAGCAAUUUCCACAGUUACAGAAAUGGUUAGGCAUUUCUGUUGGUGGAACUGUUGAUCUUGGACGCAUUGUGGAGUCCCCUGUCAUCCGUACUGCCACUUCCCUUGUUCCACUCGGAUGGAGCGGUAUUCCUUGUGGGAAGAAUGCAGAUCCUUUGAAAGUUGACAUAUCUGGUUUUGGGUUACAUCUGUGUACACUUGUUGAGGCUCGAGUAAAUGGGCGCUGGUGUUCAACCUCGGUGGAGUCUUUUCCAUCACCCCCGGCUCACUCACCAGAUCAUGCCGAACAAUCAGAAGUUCAAAAUAUGCGAGUACUAGUUGGAGCUCCUCUGAGGCGACCCCCUAAGCACCAUAUGGUGGAGGAUAUACCUAUGUUUUCUUCAAUUGAUUCAUCCUAUGUUGAUACGAGAUUGAAGCAAAAUGUAUCCAAGGUAGAAGGGAGGAAUUUCGUACUCCCAGAUGGUUUAGAUGAUUUCGUCAUAUUUUGUGCAACUGAUUUUUCAACUGUCUGGAAAGAGGUUAAUCUGAGAACCCGUAGGGUUAGGUUAAUUGGCCUUGAGGGCUGUGGUAAAACCUCUCUUUUGAAAGCUAUUCUGGAUCGAGGCCGAAGUGCUCGCACUGUGAGUAUUGAAAAUCUAAAUGCAGAUGAUGAUGUUCAAGAGGGAAUUGCCGGUGGCUUGUGCUAUUCUGAUUCAGCUGGAGUUAAUCUGCAGAAUCUGAACAUGGAGGCAACACAUUUCAGGGAUGAACUGUGGAAAGGAAUUCGCGAUAUUUGUAAGAAAACCGAUUUGAUUAUACUCGUACAUAACCUAUCUCAUAGAAUUCCUCGCUACAAAGACUCAAAUGCUUCGCAACCACAACCUGCCAUGUGCCUUCUCCUAAAUGAGGCAAAAUCUCUUGGAAUACCUUGGAUACUUGCCAUUACAAACAAGUUUUCUGUUAGCGCACACCAGCAAAAGGCAGCUAUUAAUGCUGCUCUGAAGGCAUAUCAAGCAUCUCCUACCACAGCUGAGGUUAUCAACUCAUGUCCUUACAUUACGCCCAGUGCUGCUGGUGCUCCUCAAUCUUGGUAUACAGAAGGGAAAGAUCCUGAGGGGAUGACUGGUGCCCAAAAGCUUCUUUUUGCUCCACUUGAACUAGUCCGAAGGCCUUUCCAGAAGAAAGCAUCUGUUCUCCCUGUUGAUGGGGUAUCUUCUUUGUGUGAGCUUGUCCACCGCGUACUAAGGAGCCAUGAAGAAGCUGCUUUGCUGGAGUUUGCCAGAGACAGGCUCUUUGUGGAAUUGGCUCGGGAGAGAGCAGCAGCUGCAAAUGCAAUUCAAGAUUCUAAGGCAAAGGCCGAUUCUCUGAAUGCUGCGGCUAUUGGUGCUUCACUUGGUGCUGGUUUGGGCAUUGUAUUAGCUGUUGUCAUGGGUGCAGCUUCUGCUUUGAGGAAGCCGUAAUUCUUCUGUUGGGUGCCGUAGGCUCGGCUAUAAAUGGUGUAUAGGAAGGCUUUAGUUAUCUUAAUCCGUCGUGUAUAUGUAGCCAUUCUUUUUAUUUUAUGACUGUACAAAAUAUUUAUUGACACGUUGAUAAUUAAGUAGGUUCUGUGUAUAUUUACUUGGGCUUCUCUACUGGAGCGGAUCUAGGAGUAGUAAAAAUUUCACGGGACACCCUA